GUGUCGUACGUGUGACGUACCGACAUUGUACAUUUGUUUAAGGGUGUUAAAAUGUUUUAGGAAAUUAGAAAGGAAUUAUGAAAUUUGAUAUAUAACUGUAGAAGAAAUGUAUAAUGGACGGAAUUUGGAAAAGGAAUAUACGGAGAACUAGAAAAGGAAAAAGGAUAGAGGAGUGAGUGUCAAUCAGAUUCAAGGAAGAAUAUGUCUGGAGACGAGAUGAGAGAUGAGAGAUGAGAUGAUGUGAGAUGUGAUGGAGAAAUUGAUAUGAUAUGGUGAAUAUUAUCAUGUCAUGUGUGGGUAGCAUGGCACUCUCAUUCUCAUAUUUAUUUAUGAGACAGAGUGACUAUAAAGAGAAGCAAUGACACCAAUUCUCAUUCCCCCUCACUUUUGGCUUCUCAGUGAUUGCUGACUCCUUUUUUUUCUUUACUUUCCUUUUUCUGCCAAAUAUUAUUAUUCUCUGUUCUCCUUCACUUCACUUGCUCUAUUCAUGGAAGCCCAACCGCAACAAUCACCCUGCAAGUCUAGGUUCAGACGCAUCUGUGUUUACUGCGGUAGCAGCCCUGGCAAAAGCCCCAGCUACCAGCUCGCUGCUGUUCAACUCGGAAAACAACUGGUGGAGAGGAAGAUUGACUUGGUGUAUGGAGGAGGAAGCAUAGGCUUGAUGGGUCUAAUCUCACAAGUUGUAUACGAUGGUGGACGCCACGUGUUAGGGGUCAUUCCAAACACGCUUAAUGCAAGAGAGAUCACCGGCGAGAGUGUUGGAGAAGUCAGAGCUGUAUCGGGCAUGCACCAACGCAAAGCAGAGAUGGCCCGACAGGCCGAUGCAUUCAUUGCACUGCCAGGUGGAUAUGGCACCCUUGAAGAACUACUGGAAAUCAUCACCUGGGCUCAGUUAGGUAUCCACGAUAAACCGGUGGGGUUGUUGAACGUGGAUGGGUACUACAACUCGCUGCUGGCAUUCAUGGACAAAGCUGUGGACGAAGGUUUCGUAACACCUGCUGCCCGUCACAUUAUUGUUUCUGCCCAAACUGCCCAAGACCUCAUGUGCAAACUUGAGGAAUAUGUCCCCGAGCACUGUGGCGUGGCCCCCAAGCUAAGUUGGGAGAUGGAGCAACAGUUAGUUAACACUGCAAAGUCAGAUAUUUCCCGUUGACUGAAAAAUAGAACAACGACAACAACACUAAGGAGGAGCCUAGGUUGAUCUUAAAUUUAGUGUAUAAGUAUAACCUCAGCAGCUAAAAUGUUCCACAGAAUAGGUUUUUAGUUCACCUGUGGAUUUGUAAUUCCAGAUUUUCACUCUGCAAUUUUCUCUGUUGAUUGUUUGGCUUUAACGCCUCAGACCACUAUGUAUUUUCAUUUCUUAGCUACCAACUAAUUGUGCAUUAGAA